CUCUGGGGACACAUUUGUAAAAUGUCUUUAUAAAUAUUGUAACCAUAGGAUGACAUAUUUGCUAAAAUAAGGUCUACUAUGCCUACUAUAUAAUCACACACACGUUAAACUAUAAUUAUUGGUGCAUUUUUGCCGCUCAUUUCCAUAAUCUAAUAGUACUCGACAUAAUGUAUUAUUUACAAAAUAAUUUGAAAAUGGUUUCAUUAUUUGCUUGUGGAAACUAUUGGUAAUAAUGAAUCGACACUGCUUCUGCCGUUCUCAGAGAUUCAGGGAAAUAGAGCAGAGGAAAUGCACCUGUUGCGGAAAUUUUUUUUAACUCUUUGCGGCACCACCGCUGUCACAACCGUUCCAUAUCUUCCGGGAUUUGAGGUUUCUAACCACCAACGCUGAAAGUCAACAGUUUCAGAGUGCAGGAAGGAGAGACGGGGAGAUAGACUGGGAAGGAGUCACGACGACACAUUGCAGCAAAGGGUAGAGAGCCCUGGUCUGCUCUUUGGCUAGCAGGAGCCUGUCUGGCCUAGGGUGACUAUCCCUGAGGGGUUAGCCUGGGACGGAGGUGCCAUGCCACAGGCUGCAGACAUGAUUAACAUGGCCUUCCUGACCGACUCGGAGCGGGAGCUGAUCCUGGAGGUGUUGCGGAGGGACGAGGAGCUGAGGCAGGCCGAGGAGCAGCGUGUCCGCAAGCUGAAGACUGAGCUGCUGGACAUAAAGAGGAAGGGGGCCAAGCGCAGCAGUGGGAGGUACAGUGAGCGCAGCUGCGGCCGCUGCCAGGAACCACUGGGUCGACUGUCUGCCAGCUCCAGCCAGUGUAGGGCAUGUAAACACCAAGUGUGCCGCAACUGCCGCGCAGUGCGCCCCAAUGGAUCCUGGGUGUGCAGUGUGUGUGCCAAAGAGGCUGAUCUAAAGAAGUACACUGGAGACUGGUUUUAUGACCAGCGAGUGAACCGCUUCUCCACCACCCCUGGACACGACAUAGUGAGAACUUCCCUCAAAAAGAGGCCCCCAUUGAGGAAGAGGGAGACCAUUGGAGAGCACCUUUUGAAGAAUACAGAGUUGAAACCCGGCCAGCCGACCAUCCCUGUUCCCCGACCCAGACUGAUGGACCUAGCGGCCUCCAACAAGGAUCUGCCAGACAAAGUUUUAGAAGAACCAGUGGCAGUUGAGAUGAAGAAGAAGCAACAGCGUCAGCGCAGUGACACUGAGUCUGCAGAGAAAGCCAGCCUAAACACUGUCAGGACAGAGACGGAGUCCUGUCUUGGGACUCCUUUCUUACCAAUGAAGAAGAGCACAGGUCGGUCCAGUCCAGCAGGUUCCAGUGUGUCCAGUAUUUCAGUCAAAGUAGAAAGCGGCAGGAUCCACAGCUCCAACUUAGACACGACCUCCGUAGUGAAUCGUCGUAGUGUAAGUCCCUGCACAGGGUCUGUCUCUUUGGAAGACGACGGGCUGUUCAAGAAGAGCGUCAGACAAGUUCAGAAACCCUCCGAAUUCACAUCUGUGCUGGACCUGCGUAAGGAAGCAUCGGAGGGCUCUAUGGGUGACAGAAGCAAGUCUGUGCCUGGCCUCAAUGUGCCGGAUGACGAGGAGGAUGAUGAGGAUAUUGAUAACUUGGUGAGCAUCCAUAGAAAGACGGUGGGCUCAAGUACCUCAAAUCUUCGCGGCUCCAAGAGUACACUUGGCAGUCUGAUGAGUAUUUACAGUGAGGCAGGAGAUUAUGACAGCGUGGAGGUGAGCGGGGACAUCGUGUUCUCUCUCAGCUACGAUGACACCACCCAUAGCCUGGCCGUCCUCGUCAAGGAGUGUCACUCGCUGGCCCACGGGGAUGCCACACGCCAGCGUUCCAACCCGUAUGUCAAAUGCUACCUUCUCCCUGACAAGUCUCGCACGGGCAAAAAGAAAACCAGCAUUAAACGUAACACAGUGGACCCUACCUACAAUGAGACCCUAAAGUUCUCCAUCAGUCGCUCCCAGGUGCUCACUCAUUCCCUCCAGCUCUCCGUCUGGCACCAUGACCGCUUGGGCCGUAAUGCCUUCCUGGGAGAGGUAGAGGUGCCUCUGGACUGCAGGGACCUCGACGGCCGACACGAGGAGUGUAUGGCACUCAUGGCAAAAGCAUCAGAAUUGCAGUCCUCUGCCUUCUCUCAGUACAAAGGAGAACUGGUGAUUUCCCUGAAAUACGUCUCGACUAAGAAACCACCCACUGAGAAGACUAAAGGCAAGACUCUCUCUCUAGGCAACAAGUCAAAGACUGAGGAGGGAGGGGAGUUGCACGUCUUGAUCAAAGAGGCCAAGAACCUGACGGCAAUGAAAGCAGGGGACACGUCGGAUUCCUUUGUGAAAGGAUACUUGUUGCCAUCGAAGGCCAAGUCCACUAAGAGGAAGACUCCGGUGGUGAAGAAGACUCUGAACCCUCACUACGACCACACAUUUGUGUACAAAGACCUGACCCUGGACCAGCUGAGUAAGAUGUGUGUGGAGCUGACCGUGUGGGACCGGGAGGCCAUGUCCAGUAAUGACUUCCUGGGUGGGGUUCGACUCAGCACAGGCACAGUCACACUGAAGGUUGGCAAGGAGGAAGUGGAGGCGGACUCAACAGGGGAGGAGGCGUCUCUGUGGCAGAAGAUGAUGCAAUACCCUGACUCGUGGGCAGAGGGCACUCUUCCAUUACGCUCCUCUAUGGGCAAGAACAAGAGCAAGUGAGGACUCCACCUCAUAACCUGAGAGAAGAGAUAUGGACAAAGGGCGAUCCCUCAACUUUUUAUCACUAUUACUAUCUGUAACCAAAAGACUGCUGUCACAGCUGUGUCUAACUGCAAGCACCAAAAAAAGUGCUUUUGAAAGCAUAUUGAGGAAAUUCAUCUGAGGUUUUCAGGUUUUUGCUAGCAGAGAGGUAUCAUUUCAUAUUUUUGAAUGCAAGGUUGUGUGUUUAAUCAUGCAAAUGCUUUUAAAAAUAAACAGCACUAACCAAAUACUUUUGAUAUAAUUCAACAACUCAAUGUUUAAUUUACAUUUAUCAGUUUCAGGCUGAAUCUCUGUUGCACUCGAAGGCACUGAAAAAUUGUGUCCAGUUUUGGUCCAUAUCACAUCUUGUGUGGUGAUUCAUGGCAAUCAAAUGAAAACUACUGUACCUGUGAUAGGGAUAUCAAGCGUGUGGUUCAUUGAAAUACGUAUGUAAAUAUGAUCAGUUGCACUAAAAGUGACCAAUUUUAUUUCUCAACUUUUAUCCUCUUAUUUAUAGUCUGGAAAGUAAAUGUCAAAAUCUUUCAUACUGUAACUUGAGUCAAGUUUGCUUUUACUAUGGCUCACAGGAGGUUGGUGGCAUUAAUUGGGGAGGACGGGCUCGUGCUAAUGACUGGAGCGGAAUUGGUGGAAUGGUAU